CACGCUCUCUGACACAGAUGUAGAAUCAGCUCACUCUCACCUUAAUCUUCACGUUUACCACAAGUAGUACAAACGCAAAACUGACCUUAGAUCAGCGGUUAGGGACAUCUUCAGUUUAGUGUGGCAGCCAUUUUAUCUAAAUUAUAGUAAUUUGCCUUCUUGUUCGUCACCAGAGCAUGGAGGACAGAAGAAGAACACCACAGACGACUGCUGUCUACAGACUUUCUCUAACAUCUCUGAGCCCCUAGUCUUUAGGUCAGCAUGGUGACUCUGAAACACCUUAGUGUGGAGGAACCAGAUGACUACAGCUCUCCGGAUGCUGACUUCACUGAGAUAACACCUGUUACAGUUACACCUGACACCAGGGAGAUGCUACUCAGCAGGACUAACAACCUAGCCUUGAGUCUAGUGCUGCUGGUGGGAUGCUACUCUGCUAUCCUGGUCCCUGCUCUUAUAACUUCAGACCCUCUGUCAGGGGCUAACGACAACCAACACACUGACAUGGUCUUACUAAACCGCUCUGCCUCCCUGCUUGUGCAGCCCUGCCAUCCAGGCUGGUGUGUGUCUCGUCUCCUGUCCUUGGACUCCUCUCUAGACCUCCAGGACAUCCCUGUGUUCCUCCAGUCGGGGAUUGCAGCAGACAGGCGUAUUCCCUGGGACUUGGCUCCUCCCCUGGGCCUCCAGGGCUGUGACGAGAGCGUGGCUCGGGCCCUGGCCUCUCUAACUCAUCCAGGCCUGCCCCCAUCCCUGGAGGGGAGAGGUAGGGGUGGGGGCUGUAGGAGGUGUGUGGUGGUGGGCAGUGGAGGGGUGCUACAUGGCAGCCACCUGGGAUCCCAUAUUGACCAGUAUGAUGUCAUCAUCAGGAUGAACAACGCCCCAGUGUCAGGUUUUGAGAGGGACGCAGGCUCCAGGACCACUGUCCGUCUGAUGUACCCAGAGGGAGCUCCCCUUUCCCCCAACGAGUACAGACACACCUCCCUGGUUACCCUGGUGGUCUACAAGUGCCUGGACCUGGACUGGCUCACGUCUGUCAUCACCAAACAGCCUCUGAGCUGGUGGUCCAAGCUGUGGUUCUGGAGAGACGUAGUGGAGAACAUUCCUCUGAAGCCGGAGAACAUCCAGAUACUCAACCCAGAGAUCAUGCACAAGACAGGCCUAGCACUGCAAAGAUACACACAGCAACAGAGGGAGUUGGUUCCUACGUUAGGUGCCAGUGCGGUGGUGAUGGCCCUACAGCUGUGUGAUGAGGUGAGCCUGGCAGGGUUUGGUUAUGACCUGCAGCAUCCCGGUGCCAGACUACACUACUAUGAGAGUCUAUGUAUGGACGCCAUCAAGGCCCAGGUGGUACAUGAUGUGAGCGCUGAGAAACUCUUCCUCAGAGAGCUAGUGGCUGCAGGUGUCUUGACUGACCUCACAGGGGCGCUGUGACAGAGAGACAGUACCAGGGAUGGACACAGUUCUAGCAGUUGUGGUUGGAGGUUUCCACCUUGCCGGCACAGGGAUUCAAACCAGCGACCUUUCUUAACAACCCCUGGUUCCUUCUACUACCAUGAUGAUUCAACCAAUCAAUGCUUAGUUGAAAAAUGUACUAUUAUUAUUUACUAUAUUAUGCACUAUAAAAAUGUAUGCACCCAUUACUGUAAGUAGCUUUGGAUUAAAGUGUCUACUAAAUGUCAUAUGUCAUUAUUCUAUAUUAAAUGUCCAAAGCAGC